CCAGGCUGCCUGCUGGUCCCGGCAGCUUUUGUUGAGGGGUUGCACUAUCAUGGAGUCCAGCAUGGCACUUAGCUCGGGUCCAAACAAGCCCAAAGCAACUCCUCGGACGACUCCGUGUGCCAACCGUCCGGGUCAUCGUCACCUCUGUUCGGUCUAGCCUGGUUAGGGCUCGGCAGCAGAGGGGCCUUAUGUUGCUGUCCCAGCCCACUCCCCGCUGCGCGUGACCAGCCCACGCCAUCUCAUCUCGUUAGUCCAAGCCUCUUUUUUUUCUUUCCUUUGCCUUUCUCGUCCGUUCUUUUCUCCCCCUCCUCCUGCACGCCAUCUCAUGCAUGUCGACAACGGCGCAGGGUCCGUUCGCACCAUCCGGAGCCCUUGAGUCACAUUUGCCCUAGGAGAUCUGACAAGUCGCCCUCGUCCGUGCGGUGUCUUUAUCCAUCUCCGAUGCGGCUGUAGUCGAGGGUCAGCCCUGUCUUAAUAUUCCCUUCUUGUCGACCUCCCCCUUGCCGGUCCAAGGUCGCGUCGCCCCUUCUUAAUACUACCUAAUCUUUUUUUCUUCUUCCAUCCCUCUUCUCUAGUUAGCGGUGUUCUUCCUUACACCCCGGCUUUCCUUCCCAGCGCAACUGCUGGACAGAAAAGAUUGCCCUGGGCUUCCUUUCUUUUUUCGGCUUUUGUUUCUAUUCAUAGUCGCUGGUUCGAUUAUUUCCUUUUGAGCGCAUUCAUUUUUUCUCCUUUGGUUUUUUUUUUUCUCUUUCGUUUCUCCCGAGAUACCCGGUCGACCGGCCUCUCGGUCAACUAUACAGGAUGGAUAGGAAUUCUAUGUUGGAUGCAAGCCUCCGGGCCGCCGAGGUUGUGGCGCGGCUGGAGAAAGAGGAGGCAAAGGAUACGGCUAUGGAGCAGGAGACCCCACGUGCCGCGGAAGAGGAGGAGAAGCCUAUACCGGUAGUAAAGGACGCGUCAAAGGCCGAGAACGAGGCGCCCGAGACAAAGACGGAGACGGAGCCGGCACCGACGGCCGCCGCGGUACCUUCACCAAGCGCGAUACCGUCCGAGGCGAGCGAGGAAAAGUCAGAGCUGGCGCCAGCACCCACACCACCACCCACGGCACCUCUACCGCCGGUUCCCACCCACUCCCGUCCGGGAACAGCUAGGAGCGGCGCGUCCACUGCCUCCCUCCCCACGCGACUGCCGCAACUGGCCCCUGUGCGCAGCCUCCCGGCACCCCGCCCUGCGCCGUUGCGAGGGAACCCGGCUACCGUGUCCGAGGCGUCGCUACCACAAUCGACGAAGCGCCUGUCCUUCUCCUCGCUGGAGACGAGCAAGCGUCGUAUAAAGUUCGGCAAGGGAAAGUACGCCAAGGUCGAGCUGGUGCCGCAGCCCAGCGACGACCCCGACGACCCUUUGAACUGGCCCAUGUUGAAGAAGGACUCGACCUUUGGCGCCCUGCUGAUGUCGGUUGCGCUGGCCGGCGUCAUGAAGACGGCCCUGAUUUCCGUCAACGUUCAGCUGGAGCAGACCCUCAACCGGUCCUACACCUCCAUCGCCGCUCUGACGGGCAUCCCCCUCAUCCUUGGCGCCCUGAGCGGCAUGGUGGCUCUGAUCGCCUCCCGCGUCUGGGGAAAGAGGCCAGUGUAUAUCGCCGGGAUGCUCACCAUGUUCCUGGGCUGCAUCAUUAACACGGCGGCCCCAAAUUACGACACCGCCAUGGUGGCGCGGGUUUUCCAGGGCAUCGGCUGGGGCGUGUUUGACUCCCUGGUGUUGGGGACCAUCCAUGACGUUUAUUUUGAGCACGAGCGCGGCCUGCGCCUUGCCAUUCAUCAGAUCGUCUCGGUGGGCACGACCUGGGGUGGUCCCAUCCUCGGCGGCGUCGCAUCCAUGAAUCCCGGAGGAUUCCGAGUUCAGUUCCAGAUCCUCUGCGCGUUCCAGGCCAUAUCGGGCCUCCUGAUCGCCUUCGCGGUCCCUGAGACGGUCUAUGACCGCGCCUUCGUCUUCCUCAACACGCCAUCCACCGCGGGGUCGUACCAGAAGCAGCAGCAGCAGCUCAAGCCCCGCGGCGACAUCGACGUCGAGGCCGUGAGGGAGUACCUCGGCGGCAUGAAGCCCCACUCGUACAACGCAGUCUGGGUAACCAAGGACCUGCUGCUGCAGGCGCCGCGCGCCAUGAUCGCGCCGACGACGCUGCUCCUGCUGCUCGUCACAUUCCUGCCCUUUUCGGCCCUCUGGGCCGUGGCGGGGACCCUGAGCAUGCUGUUCGCCCACCUCCCGUUCGAGCUCACCCCGGUCUCCAUCGGCGCGCUCCUGACGGGGCCCUUCCUCCUCGGCGCCGGCACGGUCGCCUUCUUCUCGCUGUCGCCUUGGUGGCGCAGCCGCCAGUCGCUCGCGCCCAUGAACGUGCUCGCCGUGGCGUCGGGCUCCUUCCUCGUCUUCGUCUCGCUCCUGGGCGCCGGCCUGCACGCCGAGUCGGCCAUGAUGGCGCCCAUGACGGCCGUGUCGGACAUGGGCAUGGUCACAGCCGCCGACGCGGCCCAGUCGAGCCCCUUCAUGGUCGGCGGCUUCGCCGACCGUAUGAGCUUCCCCGGGCUCGGGGUGCUGCUGGCCCUGCUCGGCGCCGGCGUCUACGCCGUCGACGCGGCCGUGCGGCCCAUGAUCGCCACCUCGACCCAGUUCACGAGCUCCAACAUGGGCGUGGCGCUGCGCAACACGGUCGACAUGGAGUCCACCCUCGUGAUCGCCCGCGCCGCCCUGGCCGGCGUCUUUGUCGUCGCCGCCCCGAGCAUGACCUCGGCCUUUGACGCCCUGCGCUCCGCCCUCGUCGGCUUCGGCGUCUCGCAGCUCUGCGUCGCCGGCGCCGUCGGCGCCGUCUGGUGGCUGUGGGGCCAGGAGGUCCUGCUGCUCGACGGCCACGUCAUGAAGUGCAUCGACCUGAGCUCGGUCAGGAGGACAGGCAGCUUCUUCGACACGGACUGAUCCCAUUCCCAUUUGUUAAACUGUAUUUAUUUUUCUACAUUCUUUUCUUAUGCCUCCAUGGCAAAUGACACAGCUUCUCGUAGCGUUCCCUCUCUUUCCUUUGUCAGCCUACUUUCGCAGGAUUCUUGUACCUUCAUUUCUACAGUGCCCAGGUCAGUUUAUCGGUGGGUGAGAUACCCGUGACUUUCUUUAAUUGUCUUUUUGUUUAAUAUUUAUUACGAUUGAUACCACAGACGGAGGACUGCGCAAAGUAAGCGGCGAGGAGGCUGGGGAUACCCCUAGACGCAUAGUCAGAAGUAGAUGCAUUUCUCGGGCCCAAGGCGCGCGAAAGGGAGCUGCUCAUAUAGGUCCCACGACCGUCAACGAUGGCUCCCAUGACAAGGUUUAUUCCGAAUCUUUCAGCUCGAACAAUCGUUUUCUGUUAUUAAGACAUCGAGAUCAUUGCGUCCAGUUAUAUCGGGCCAGGUCCAGGCAGACCGGAGAACAUGGGUGGGCAAAGAGAGGGUACCUGCGCAUAUACCUACAUACGCGAAGCGCAAACAACGAGUGUGCUGGAACAAACAACAGCUGCCGUGAUUAAUGUUUCCCCAUCCGUGCCAUCAAGAAGUAUCUCAUUCUGUCGAGAAAAUGACCCGCACUCUAG